AAUAUAACAUUCGAAAUGGGUGAACCUUUCCUUUAAAAAUAUACAUUUUUUUUAAGGCGGGUUUUUGCAAUAAUUCUGUCUGCGGGAGUUGGUGACGACCGCUUGAAGAUAAUGAUCAUGAAUAUAAGUUUUGAUGUGUAACGUAAAGCAGUACCGUAUUUCAAGAACAGCGCGCAUACCCUUUUCCAUUUAGCCACACCCUUUGACCAACGACGCCACCAAUAACAUCCUUUCUCUUCAGUGGAAACGGAAGUAAACAAUGACAAGGAACAAUUUUCACGUUAGGGUUUAGAUUUAGACGUUUAUUAACACCAUGGAACUCAAAAUAUGACUAAUUUAACUGCACAGCAUCACAUACUUACCCCAGGUAGUCUUUAAUUCGCGGUGGAGACAGGACUUGGUUGAUAGAUGUUAUCUAGGUAACGCUAGCUAGCGAACAAUGGCUAACUGUAUGGUUUUUAACGCUCAAAUAGCCUCCAUCAUGGAGGUGUUAGCGAAUGCGGCCGUGGCAGAGAUCUGUAAACUCGUAGACGACGACUAUGCAGUGUUUCGGUUGGAAAUAACUCAAAGCCAGAAAGAAAACAGGGCAUUGCGAAGGAAAUUACAGCUACUGGAACUGAAGGUGGCACGGGAGCGCGUCUGCGCUAGUCGUCUCAGUAGUGUCAAGAUCCCUGACCGAUACAGAGGAAUGGCAAGAGGUGAAGGGCAUCUCACUGGAGGCCACAGGAGCUUUGUGAAGCUAGCGGGCCACAAUACAUGGAGAGAUGACCAACCAAUCACUGUUGAUGAGGGGAGUGGAACCUCAACCCAGCACAUUAUCAUGAUAGAGGCUGCAGGUCCUGGUGUCAAGCAGGAGAGGACUGAAGGAGAGGACCCACGACACAGCACAGACAUCCAGACUGGAGCAGCGGCUGGAGUGGUGCCCCCUGUAGCCACGGAAGAACUCUCAACUGCUUCCACGCUCCAGUCCAGGACCCGAUGCAGCAUUAAGGAGGCUAGUAGAACGCCCAACGCCAUCCUCAAGUCAGAGACAGUCACAGAAACACAAAGGCUCUUACAGACAGGAUCUGACCACAGAUCAGACCCAGAGAGACUGGAGCUGGGGCCACUUGGCUGUCCUGCUCUAGGCUCAGAAUAUUUACUAGACGGUAACCCAAGCCCGAAUACGGUUCAUUCCCAUCGGGACUCUGGUGAUGUGUUAGAAACUGGUAAUGAUCCGUCUUGUUCUUACACUACAGAGAUGGACCCUGGCAACAUGCCCUUGGGUUUAGAGACACAGACUGAUCUGUCUAGAGGGGACUGGAACCGGUACAGUAGUAGUGUGUACUCUGAAGGGUGCCUAGAUAAGAAAGGGGAGGUUAUAGUCGUAGAUAAAGUGAAAGUGGAGGGCGAUGCUCCUCCCACAUGGAAUGUAGACGAGACUCACUUAGGAGAAGGACACUCACAAGGCAGAGAUUUUUUAGAUUACAGGGAAAGCUUAGAGACAAAUACAAAUAUCACGACCCACUCCCCUUUACACGCAAUCAGGGAUCGUGAGCCAGUGUCCACGUCGAUGGGGCCAUCCGAUUCACAUGACCGUGUCCUUUUCCAUCAGGUAUUUAACUCAAACGACCGGGCUAGAGCCCAGACUCAUGGAGGGGGAACCACAUCAGGCAAUAGUAAAGAGAAACGGUUCCUCUGCAUGUUCUGUAGCAAAGGCUUCAGCUGCCCCCAGAAGGUGGAGAUCCACCAGAGGGUCCACACAGGGGUGAAACCCUUCAGCUGUACCCAGUGUCACAUGUGCUUCGCCCAGGCUUGCAACCUGAAGAGGCACCAGAGGGUCCACACAGGGGUGAAACCCUUCAGCUGUACCCAGUGUCACAUGCGCUUCUCCCACUCAUCAAGCCUGAAGAGGCACCAGACGGUCCACACAGGGGAGAAAUCCUACAGUUGCCCCCAGUGUGAGAAGAGGUUUUCCCACCAGCACCAGCUGAAGAUGCACCUGAAGGUCCACAUGGGAGAGAGGCAGUUUGUCUGUACGCAAGAGGUUCUCAGAGAGGUGCCUCCUCAGGAUACACCAGCAGAAAAAACAUUCCACUCUAUGACAUAGACCAGACAUCGAUAACAUUAGGCACGCCAAGCGAUUUGAUAAAAUGGAUUAAAUCAGUGAACUUGCAUUUGUUUCGAAAUUGCAUUGGUUUUCCAUAAAUGGCUAUUUAUUCAUUGUGUUUUGUUUGGAGAGCUCCUGUCAAUGUUGAGUAUGGACCUGAUUACACAUAGAAGUAGGCCUAGGCUACCUGGCCUGCACGCAAAUGUAUAAAAUGUGCCUAUUUGGGGAUGUCUGAUAGUAUUUCUGAUUGUCUUAACUCACCACCACUAAUGAGCUGGGGAGCUUCUCAAAGUAAUUUUUCUUCUUCUCUUCAAACAGCUAGUAGCCUAAACAAAGUCUGUUUUUACAUCCAUUGAGAAUGACAGUAGUUCCACAAUAACCAGGUUUCCAUCCAACCCUUUUAUAUAAGUAAAGUACAUGUCGGAUCAAAAUAUUCACUACAGGCCUGAUGGAAACAGCAAGUUUGUCGGUCAACUUUCCAGAUGACGACAAAUCCAAAUACACUAAACAAGGUGGGAUCUUUGUGUCGGUAAAAUUAAUAAUGCGAGAAAUGACGGUGGGAACGCUUUUAUGUGCAAAUAUUGAUAUAAUAUUCAUAAAUUCGAAGUAAACUUGCAGGCACGCGAUGAUAUGUUGUGUGGUCCUGCCACUACGACUCAGGAAACAUGCAGUUUAUUAGACUACAGAUGAAAUAAGUUAUGGUGAACAGGGUGGUGAAAGUUCAUGGUGAUGAGCUUGAUGCUCCUUUCCAAUAUUCUGGUGACAUAAUGAUUGAUGUUUGGCUGCCGUUUAACAGAUAAAAAUAAUCUUGCUCUUUUGUCCAUAAUAAUCUUAUCACGUAGACUAUACACCCUCAUUGUAUCUGCGUGGUGUUGGCUAGAGCGCACGUGCCAUCAGUAGAGUUGAAAAUAAGAUGGAAACCAAUUUAUCGGCACAUGGGAAUUUAACUGCAAAAGUAAUUUAUGUGCACUAACUCAUCACAUACAGCUUGUUAUCUGCAACAAGAUAGGCCUUUUACUGUGUGUACGUAAAACUGGACACACACCUCUGAUGGGAAAAUGUGCAUAUUGUUUUUAUGCAGAUUUUAGAAUAUUCACAUAAAUCUGUCACCAAUUGGAUGGAAACCUAGCGAAUGUAUUUAAUAUCUUUCCAGCUCUCUCCCUUUCGAAAACCACCGAGCCUAGGCUUGAAAGGGAAGAAUGUAAUGCUCUGAUCCAGUAAAAAUGGCAAAUACCUGAUUACUUCUUAUCCCCUGCGAAAAAGCUGGCUCUGUCCGGAACUCACUGGCGCGAGAAACUCUGAGGGCCCAGAAUAGUUGAUACAAUGCUGCAAGUUUGCAAGCUGGAGCUUCAGGCCAGACCCAGUUGAUACAAUGUUUCAAGGUCUUUGCAGACAGGCGGAGUAGAGAGAUAAAUGCAAUUGAAAGAACAUUAACAAACUGCUAUGCAUACCCAAUGUGAUUUAUAGAAUACUUAUUUUUAUCAGGAUAUUUUCUACCUGCAAUGUUUUUAUUUGUUGGCUUAUGUAGGCUAUUUUUAACUAGUUGUCAUUAAUAGUUACUUGCAUUGGUAUAUGUUCUUUAGCUGCCAAUGGCUCAAGGUGUAUAAUACAAUGUGUCCAUUUCGCAGAUGCAGGUACUCUUGCAUUAGAUUAAUUUUAACUUUUAGAUCUGUAUCAUUUUCAUUUCGAUAGAAUUUAGAUUAACCACAUGACAAUGAUUUUAAUAUGUUAUUAACCACAAAAAUGUAAAUAUGAAAAUCAUAACUUACACGUAGACCAGUAGCUCCUGGCGUGCUGUUUGUCAUGUGCCUUUUUCUCAGGAGUGGCUUCUGUCUGGCCACUCUCUCAAAAAGCCCAGAUUGGUUAAGUGCUGUAGAGAUUGUUGUCCUUCUGGCAGGUUCUCCCAUCUCAGCCAAGGACCUCGUUGACCAAGGUCCUUCUUGCCAGUUUGGUCGGACGGCCAGCUCUAGGCAGAGUCUGGAUUGUUUCGUAAUUUUUCAAUUUCCCAAUGAUGGAGAUCAUGCUCUUGGAAACUUAACAUUCUAGAAAUUAUUUUAUACCCUUCCCCAGAUAUGCCUCAUCACAAUUCUAACUCGGUGCUCUACGGACAGUUCGUUGGACUUCAUGCUAUAGUUUCUGCUCUGACAUGCACUUCUUCUUUGAAAUUGGGUUGGUGGAUCGCAUCCAGCUUUUAAAGGUGCGUACUCCGCCACCUACUGUACUGGAGUGUGAGGUCAGUCACGGCCUACCUACAUUAAAUUAUCUUCAUUAGUCCUUUUCCUCUAAGAAAGUGAAAGAGCCCUAGACACCACUCCUCUCCACUUUCAACCCCCCACUACACGACCCAAACCCCAACCCCGUCCAGCCUCUCUAACCCUUUCACACAAUCUCUUGCUAUCUACGUCAUACAGUUCAAACAUAUCAACACAUGCCCCACCGUUUUCUCCACUAAACACUCACACAGACCUGUUUCAUGUCUCCCUAUCAUCCACAACGUGACAUUCAAACCUGUGCCCAAACCUUAGUCUACUCCACACAAAUAAGUCUGUCCUACAUCCCAUACUCCCCACCUCUUCCUUUACUGACCGAUGCAUGCAAUACAAUUACCUCCCCUUACUAGCAUCCCACUUCCUUUGCCAAAGAUUGAGCCCUUUUGCCCGGAUCAAGGACUUGACUUCCCUGCAGCCCAGCAGGACCUGAAUAUCUACCCCCUCUCUCCUCACUACCCUCUUAGCCACCACAUCAGCCUUCUCAUUACCCUCCACAUCCACAUGGGCGGGAACCCAGUAAAAGCUUACCACCACUCCAAUCCCAAUAACAGCACCAUCAUCUCCACAAACAAGUAUUCAGACCCCUUCACUUUUUCUCCAUUUUGUUACGUUACAGCCUUAUUUUAAAAUAUGGAGAGACUCAAGGCUAUAAUCGCUGCUUAAGGUGCUUCAACAAUGUACUGAGUAAAGGGUCUGAAUACUUAUGUAAAUGUAAUAUUUCAUUUGCAAAAAUGAAAGAAAAAAAAUGUUUGCUUUGUCAUUAUGGGGUAUUGUGUGUUGACUGAUGAAGAAAAUAAUUUAAUCAAUUUUAGAAUAAGGAUGUAACGUAACAAAAAUGUGAAGAAAGUGAAGUGGUCUGAAUACUUUCCAAAUGCACUGUACACCCCUGCCCCCACCUUACCGCUGACUGGAUCCUUUUCCUUUGAACCAUCUGUAUAUAUCCUGAAAAACAAAUAAAACCGAUUAUCCUGACAUGCACUGUCAACUGUGGGACAUUAUAUAGACAGGUGUGUUUCUUUCUAAAUCAUGCCCAACAAUUGAAUUGGCUACAUGUGGACUCCAAUCAAGUUGUAGUGAAGUCUCAAGGAUGAUCAAAGGAAAUUGGAUGCACCUGAGCUAAAUGUUUAGUGUCAUAGCAAAAGGGUGUGAAUACUUAUGUAAAUUAGAUAUUUCUGUAUUUAAUUUUCAAUACAUUUGUUAAAAUAUCUAAACAUGUUUUCACUUUGUCUUUAUAGGUUAUUGUGUGUCGAAAACAUAUAUAUUUAAUCAAUUUUGAAUUCAGGCUGUAACACAAGAAAAUGUGGAAUAAGUCAAGGGGUAUGAAAACUCUCUGAAGGCACUGUAUAUGAUGUUCAGAAAAUGCCUAUUUCAUUACUUCCAUUCAACUACUUAAUUUUUUCCCCAAGACACUUUUAAUGACAAAAUGCAGUUUCAAGUUUAUGCAGAUUUUUUUGUUGUUGAGACGUGUGUGGUUUUCAUAUGGUGUAUUUAAAACUUGUUUGUUUAAUAAACACAAAAUGGGACUUUUCA